AUGAACCAACUAUUCGAGAAGAUCUGUCCCAAGGUUGGGGCGAAUAGCCUGCAGCGUACAUGGAAGGGCACAUCUGCGAUCGUCUCAGGCAAGGAUGUCAAAUUGCAAGAUUUGUGGGCCUCUAUGAGAAACCAUCUGGACACUCUGGAGACGAAGCACAUUCUCGACAUCGGAGACCAGCGGGAUGACUUGACCAAGAUCGUGCGUUCUUUAGCGGAUGAACGAGAAGCAACCAACCAGUACAGCGUGGCUGGAAGCAUGUACCAGAUCAAUGGUGGAACCAUGUUUCACAAUAGUGGUGAUCAAGCGACCAACUAUCAAGCUGGAGGCAGCCAGUCAUUUGUGUUCAACAACAGAAACGUGCAUGUACAUGCGAAGAAAGACGAUGACGGCUCCCCACUUCAAUGUCUAUCCUCUCUUGCUUUCCCGCAGAUGACAGCGCGAGGGGACUUUGGUCUGAAGCAGCACGUUUCAUGUGAUUGGGCGAUGGAGAAUUCUUUCUAUACUAAGUGGCAUGAUGAAGGCGGUCUGUUAUGUAUCAGGGGCAGAGCCGGCACUGGCAAAUCGAUGCUCAUGGAGGCCAUUGUGACAAGUCUAAGACACAAGAUGCCGAAUACCCUGACGCUCUCGUUUCAUUUCAAUAGGCGCGGACAGCUUCUACAGUACACCCCACACGGACUUUUUCGAUCUAUGCUUCAUCAGCUGCUUUCGCAAGAUGAGGCACUGCUUUCGAAAUUUUGCCGAGAUAUUAGCUUCGAGAAACGUGUUAGAGAGUACGGAAAGCCAGGCACAAAUUGGGACUGGGAUGAAAUCGAUUUGGAUUCAAGUUUUCUCAGGAGCUGUGAGCAGUACGUCCGAGAGCAUAAGAAGAUCAGGUUGCUGAUCGACGCACUUGAUGAGAUUGGCGAGAACAGUGCCAGAGAGCUUCUCCGUUGGUUGGAAAAGCUCUUUGACAAGGCUCCAGGUGCCAUUGCUAUCUGUAUAUCUUGUCGACCAUAUCCUCGUGUAGGGUCAUCGUGGACAUGUAUGGACAUGGAACAGAUGAACAGGACCGCCAUUGAGGCAUAUGUCCGCUCAUCUCUGGAGGAAGGGAUGUGUCGAAUGUCCGCAAUUGACAAGGAGCGAGUGAUCAACGACAUUGUUCAGAGAGCGAACGGUGUAUUCCAAUGGGUAGUUCUGGUCACGCGAAGAGUCCUAAGUCUCGAGCAAGAGAGUGUUGCAUUCAUCUUGACCGAUAUCCUCAAGACUCCCGCAGAACUGGACGAAGUAUACCGACACAUGAUGGAGCAGCUGAAUCCGAGCGACAAGAGACUUGCAUUCCCUAUUUUCCGCUGGAUCACACUCGCUGGCCGACCAAUGUCCCUGGUCGAACUGCGCUACGGAGUAGCGAUAGACCCGCUUUCACGGUUGCGAUCGACCGAGGACUGCAUGAGGUCAAUUAAUUGGUGCAUGCACGAUGAUGAGCUUCGCGAGAGGGCUUCCCGGCUGUCACUAGGGUUGAUUCGCGUCGUCUCUGAUACGACUGGCCAGACGAUCGUCCAAUUCGACCAUGAAUCUGUGCGAAGUUUUAUGCUUCGCGGUGGCUUGCAAAUACUUGAAGGCGGAGAGAGCAUAAAGUCGGAAGAGCCAAUGGUGGGCCGAGAACAUAGCGCACUAGCUGCGAUAUGUGUGCAUUUCUUGGCGGCACAGGAUGUUCUCGAUGCUGAGCUUGACACAGAUGAGUUCAACAGGCUGCAGGGAGGAUCGCAGGGGUUGGGAGAGGCCUUGAGAUUCGUGAAUUACGCCACUCAUUACUGGAUCAUGCAUGCAGCUGAGGCCGAACUUUCAGGAGUCUCGCAGAGACAUCUGAUUGGGAUGACUGACUGGCCAGCGAAUGAAUUGUGGGUGCACUGGGAUCAGCUAUGGAAAUCCCGGCGGUGGGGAUCGCUAGCGAGAAGAGAACAUUGUGAGCGUACAACAUUACAGCAUGUCGCUGCCCGAUUCGGGCUUUUGAGCAUAGUCACAGAACUGAUAGCUCGAAGCAAACAGGGCGGAAAGCUGAAGGCAAAAUUAUCCAGGUGGCGCUGGCAGAAUGAUGGUACACUGGCAAAGGACGGCAAUCGCUGGAUGCCGAUCGUCUAUGCAGCCUACGGGGGCCAUCUCGAGGUCGUAAGGGCUCUUCUUACUGUCAGUGCAUCGAGUGCAGACGGCUGGCACGGUGGCGGACGCACACCUUUCAUCUGCGCGGCAGAAAGAGGACAUCUUGAAGUGGCCAAGCUACUUUGGAGCACCGGAAGAGUGAACUUGUUUCACGUAAGCGAUUUGAGGCCUUUGCCACUCUUCCUCGCAGCCAUGAAUGGACACGACGGCAUCGUCAAGUUCAUUCUUAAGGAGGGAAUAGGAGACGUGAAUGCAGCCGUUGACCGGGAGACGCCAUUGCAUAGAGCGGUUGAAUACGGACGCACGCAGGUCGUACAAACACUCGUCCAGGAGAAGAAGCUGAUCAUCAACGCUGUCAAUCAUAACGGCCAAACUGCGUUGGAUCUUGCUCGUGAAAGCGGGCACGUUGAAAUUCAGCAAGUGCUCAUUGACCGAGGAGCAGUAACGGGCGAAAGGUAG